AUGUCUAUUAUAGCUAAAAAUUAUUAGGAAAUUGUGGAGGAAAGCAGUUGUUUAUAGAAAAAAACUAUUCGCAAACCCAAAAGAAGGAAUUAGUACACUGUUGAUUUUAAAUUUGGAUCAAACGUAAGCACAGACAAACUUCGAAGCUAUGUCGAAGCUUAUUUCAAAAUUCCUGCCUCCGUAGCUGAAAAAUAAGUUAUUCGACUCUUCUCAAAUAUUCAGUUUCCUAACGAUUUCAAUUAGUAAGCUAAAUUAGGUAAUUUGUCAGUCGAUCCUCAUUCCUAUAACUAUAAGGUGAUUAGAAUUGAUAAGAAAAACAAAUUGACUAUAUUCACUCUAGAAACAAUCGAUAAUCCUUUUACACCUUUUGAAUAAUUCUUUUAAAAAAUUUAAACAUGCAAUCCGAGGCUUGCCUUGAGCUUUUAGGCUUUUAAUUAAAGGAAUUUAGAUGUUAAUACUUAUAAGUAAACGAAAGAACAAUUCAUAGAAGACUUCGAGGCAUAGCUGGAUUAACCUUUCACCUGCUAUUUAUACAAAUUAAAAAAUGGUGUGUGUUCAACUAUAUAGAGGGUUAUCAACGACAAAUUUAUGGAUUUGUUGGGAAUAAGUUACAUGAUGUUGGAGGAUCAUGUGCUUUCGACCAACAUACUGCCCUUUUCAACCUAUAUAGAUCCUUAUGAUGAUGUAUGUGAGAUUCUCUCUGGAUUAUUUGAGGGGAACUUGAAACAAGAUAUAAGAACCCGAGAGGUUAUGAAUUAUAAUGGUCAGAUAUUUCAUGCUCGAGUUUAGAACAAGAGCUUUUUCACUUACAAUGAAGAAGAGGAUGCCUACUAUGAGUAUGCCUAUUACAUUUAUGAUUGUGAUCCAAGGUGGCUGACAACUUAAAGAGUGAUGAGAAAUUAAGAAGAAUAUUUCAAUGAAAAAUGGUUCUAGUAAGACAAGUUGAGAACGAGAUUAGUAUCGGAAGAUUCUUAGACAAUUUUUUCAAAUAGAAACUGCGGAUUUAAGUAAUUAGAUUUUUGA